GACGUCGGCGUGUGCACGUCUGCCUUCACCGGUCCCCUCUGCGACCGUGGACGCCAGUCGACGUCGGGUCUCCCGAGCGCGCAGUCGUGGGAGUUGUCGUCGUUGUUCGGCGAUUCACGCGUGUCUCGAUCGUUUCGCGAUCAGGUGAACCGACGAUCACCUCGAUCGAAUACGUUGCGUUUGGAGCCAAUCGUCGUUGGAUCUCGUGCUUCGUCUUCGUGUAGUCUGACCCGUGGCGUCGGGUAUCUUGGAUCUUUGAUCGACGUCGAUCGAUAGUGAAUCCUCGCGUGGCCGACGAUCGCGUCUAUCCUGCUGACAGUGGUUGGUCUAGGAUGCGUUGGAGGGAUGUAAUUUUUUACAAAAUCCCGAGCUAACCGAAACGCAGAAUAUCCUCGCUCCUGGCAGUGGUCCCUCGUGACAGUGGUCCCGCGCUGGACCAACGUGUACGCAUCGUUUGCGGUUUAUCUCGAUGGAAGGUCGUCCGGGUGACUCUUCUGGAGAACGUUUCCGGUGGAUGCAGAACGGCGAUCUGAUCGACGAGUCGGUUUCGAAUUCGAGCGGGCGUGCGUGCGUGGUUGAACAUCGGAGUGAAUCGAAAGGAUUGUUUCGCGAAUGGAAGGACGACCUUGAGGGUGUCGAGGGACUGUCGAGAGCAACGGGAGACUUUGUUGGUGUGUCUGUUAAUUGCGAAUGCGGAUCGUACGUAAAUCGUGCUUGUGGUACCACGGUUGGGUUCGACGAGUCGCAACUGGAGAUGCGGAUGCCUGUUAAGAGGAGCAAAGAGAUCGUUUGCAAUUAUCUGCCCAGAAUGGCGGCUCUCCUCUUCUUCGCGUGCCUCUUGCUGCAGGAUACUCGGACAACGUCUGCCGCAUUCACCACUGUUACCACUGUACCCGAUCCCGAGUUUGUCGAUAAAAUAGGAAAUAUUACAGUAUCAACAGGACGUGACGUAAAAUUAGCCUGCAGCGUCAAGGACUUGGGCCCAUACAAGGUGGCCUGGAUGCUUUUCGACAAGAGCGCUAUCCUGACGGUACAGAAUCACGUUAUUACCAGGAACCCCAGGAUAACCGUAUCGCAUGAUAAGCACAGGACCUGGUUCCUACAUAUCAAAGAUGUACGCGAGGAGGACAAGGGAAGGUACAUGUGCCAGAUUAAUACGGCAACUGCGAAAACACAAUACGGCUACGUGCACGUCGUUGUGCCUCCAAACAUAGAGGACUACCAGACUUCAUCGGAUGUCAUUAUACGAGAGAAUUCCAACGUGAGCUUGACGUGCAAAGCGACAGGAAGUCCGAAACCAACUAUAAGCUGGAAAAGAGACGACGGCUCAAAAAUUACAAUAAAUAAGACGUUAUCUGUGUCAGAGUGGAAAGGCGAGACGUUGGAAAUUACGCGUAUCUCGAGACUAGACAUGGGUGUUUACUUAUGCAUCGCAACAAAUGGGGUUCCUCCAACUGUGAGCAAGCAGAUCAAAGUCUCUGUCGAUUUUCCCCCUAUGCUGUGGAUACCGCACCAAUUGGUCGGUGCACCCUUAGGAUACUCAGUCACGUUGGAAUGCCACACCGAGGCUCAUCCGAUUUCUUUGAAUUACUGGACCAGGGAGGACGGCUUGAUGAUUCACGAAAGUAACAAAUACAGAACCGUAUCUACUCCAGAGAAACCCACCUACAAAACGCACAUGAUGCUCACCAUACACGACCUACAGGAGGAGGAUUACGGUAGCUACAAAUGCAUCGCGAAAAAUCCGCGCGGUGAAACCGACGGCAGCAUUCGCUUGUACGAGUCCCCGCCGCCGACCACCAGCCCCAGUCCGUCCACCACGGAGUUGCCGAAGAAAGACUGGGACCUGAUGGCUGAAAUGAAUAACUCCGUUUACGGAAAUCCAAGCUCACUGACCAUUCACAAUGAAAAAAGCAUGAAAGCAGGUAAUAAAUUCCAGUCGAACCUGAGCGAGAUCGGGAAGUCGGAGCAAAAAUCGAGCGACCCGGAUCGGAAAAGGAAUUACGAUUGGCCCCCAGACAGCGAUUCAGCCCUGACCAUCACGACGACAGGACUGCUGCUAAUGGCCGCCCUGAUCGCGGUGACGAUCGUUCGAUAAGCGGAACCGGAAACGGACGCUUUCGCGGUCGGAUCAUCUGUAAUUAGGGACUCGAUUUAAACCUAACAGAGAACUAAAUGAAGUUAGAAAUCGAUACGGAUACAAGGAGCACGGGCACACGUACACGAGAAACCACAGGAUCCACGCACAAACACGCAAACAUACCAACACAGACACAUACAUGUACACGCAUACAAUGAAUACAAGCGAAAAUUGACUGAGUAGUUAGUGUCGUAUUAAAGAAAAAAAAAAGGAAGUGGAGGAAAAUAAAUAAAUAAAUAAUACUAAGAAUAAUAAUUACGCGUGCCAAGUCAGUGUAGCGCAGUGUCCAAAAAUGAAGACGAACGAGAUGGGAGGGGAGAGACGGUGGGAUAGAAAAUGAAUUUCUACCGAGCAACGAGCACGAGGCGUGGAGGACGAGGAAAAGGGUCAAAUCACAAAGUGCAACGACUAUCGCUUUCAGUGUAACAUAUUGUAUAACGCCGUAAUGUCGCCGCAGAGACCGCGCCAACGAUCUCGAAUUUCGCUGCAAGCCAAGCCAGUUCGAGCAUGAAACGUUCCACGAGGCAUCUCCCGCGAGUGUCUUUCCCUUAAUUCGAGCUUCCCGCGCCGACGAUCCCCGUGAUUGAACCCGCUAGUCGAUCUCAGUGAUUAAAAUCAACCUUGUAAUCAGUUUUACCGCCGAAUAGAAUGCUCACGCGACUCGGAGUGGUCGUAAAGUGGAUGUUUAAUGAAUCGUUUCGAGAAUCACGUGUUGAAUGCAUUGUUUCUUUACGGGUAUCUUGUAUCGUAUUUUAUUUUAUUUUAGGGUGUGGAAAACAAUUAAACCUUUUGUCUUUGGAUUCUUAGAAGUACUUAUAGAUGCUGGUGUUUUUGGUAAGAAAAACAAAUGAGCAGGUAAUUCAUUUGGCUUCUUAUUACUGAAAAUACCAGCACUUCGUUUAAUUUUUAUUUGAACAAUUUACGAGAACAAUUUUAUCGUCGAUAAAAAUUGAAGAAUGAAAUUUAAUAAUUCUUUCUUAUCCUGCAGGUCUUAUUGAUAAUUUGUUAAUGUAGAUUUUUAUUUUGAGGUUUUCCUUAAUGUUUGCAAACAUAUUUUUCCUUCUUUUAAAGCGUUCAUUUUAGUUUGAGAUUCCCAUGAAGAAAUUAAAAUUUUAUGCUGAAAAUUGCAUCUGUUUUAAAAGAAACCAGUGAUUCAUACUUGUACUUACGCGAAGAAGGCAAAUCACAUGUUGAAUGAAUUGUUUCUUUAUAUUUAUACUCCUGUAUUGCGUUUCAUUUUAUUCUAGAGUGCAAAACGUAUGAGUUAAUUCCUUUAUUCUUAGAUUCUUGAAAAAUUUGCAAACAUCUGGUGUUUUUCUGAAAGAGAAUUUAUUUUUCAGGAUAAUAAUAUUUUAUUGCUGCUAAAAAUACAAGCAUUUGUUCAUAUUAUUAUAAUUGAAACGACCAACAAAAAAAAAAUACUAUUUUCAAUGAAAAUAGAAAAAUGAAAUUGAAUAAUUACUUCUUGUCCUGCAAGUAUCAUUGACAAUCUGUGAGAACAAAUUAUAUUGUAAAGCUUUCCUUAACAUUUGCGAGCAUAUUUUUCGUCAUUAAUGUCAAAGAGUUCCGUUAAUGUUUAGCCAAACCUCGUUUGUGGAGAAUCGUAAGCAAGAAAGCACAAACGACCUACGAAGAGAAAUAAAAUCAAAAAUAUAAGAACAUAGAAAUCUUUAUCUCAACGAACCUAACGAUGCAAAAAUACAUUACUCCAUCAUUCCUCUCCAUUAUGAAAUACUAGGAAGGAAAAUAAAUAAAGAUCGUUGAAUGAAGAACCCACCUCAGACGCGAACUAUUCGACGCAAACUCGAAUUAAACUGUCGGUGAAUUAUUAACUCGUAAGGAGUUUUAGCUUCGCGAUAAAUUAAUCAGGGCGCAAACUUAGCUACGAAUUCUUCGUUACUAAGUAAAUACACCCUCUCCAUAAUUCGUCUCUCGAGUAGACUGUUCACGAAGUUAACCUUUUCUCGCCAACGAACUGUGAAAGGACAAAAAACAGCGAUGCAAGUACAAAUUGUCUCUGCCAUCGAUUUCGCCCUUUUCCUUUUCCCUCCCCAUAGACUUCCCUUUUUAUUCUGUCUGCAAAGUGUUCUUUCCGCCCACCCCCUUUUAUCUUUUUCCCCCCUAGCCGAGUCUUUUUCUUUCUCCGUCUCGCUCGUCGUUCUGUUUCUUAUAUACGAAAUCGUGGAUCCCAUCUGGAUACUUGAGAUUAAAACGUCGAGUUCGGUACGGAGGAUGCUCUUGCACGACGAGAUCCUCCACAAAGGAACGAAAAAGAAUUAGAAGUCGAAAGUGCGGGAAAGUCAAGAACGGAGGAAUAUUAAAGAACGGAAUAUUAUUAUUUGCGAGCGUCUUCGAUCCCGUUCUGUGUCUCGAUGAAACCUCGGACAGGGUUUCUUUGUUGGCUCCCUCGUCGGGUCGCUUCUUAUUUCGACGAGUUUUCUUUCACUUUGUCGCGUGUUCCCGACGAGACAAUAACAUGCUUCCUCGUGAAGCUUUUUUAUUUAUGUAACUGAUUGAAGAAUUGUUCGGUUCUAGUCGGUUUUUGUACGUUGUCGCAAAUUGAAAUUUGAAGAUUGUAUAAUUAAAACAAAAUCUGUGGCAAUUGCUUUUUGUUUGUUAUCUGCGCGAAGGGAGAAAAUGUUACUUUGGUAGUAGGAGUGAUGAAGUAGAAAGAUUUUGUCAUUGAAUAAAAAUUUUUAAUGAUUUUCUAUCGACAUUUUGGUUGCUUAUAUUAAUGGGUGGUCCUCUUCGAAGAAAAUUAUUCUUUGUUGUAUCUCUUGUCACUUUUUCGAGAGAUUUUUCGAAAUCCAACUAAAGAAAAGUGUUUUUUGCUCCCUUCAAAUCUCCAUACGUUUUUAGCAUUUUACUAUUAGAAACAUAAUUCAUCCCUUCAACCCUCUGCACUUUGGAAUUAUCUGCACAUUGCUCUCCAGCUAUUUUCCUAUAUCUACAUAUAAACAAUAAAAAGUUCAGGAAAGCUCCAAGGCUAUCCCAAAUUUAAUCUACAAUUAUUUUUGUGAAAACUAUAAUUUCUUUUGCCCCACAAUAAUAAACUCUCUUCUCCGCCAAAGAAUUUUACUCCUGAAAUAAUCUUUACAAUUUAUUGAGUAACUUGAGGAACAAAGAGAAAUCCUAUCGAAUAGUUUUCCUUUCCUCCUCCAUGCUCGAAACACUCAAAAGACUACGCCAAAAAAGCGACGCAAAACGCUAUCACAGACUGCGAACGAACCUCUUCGAACUCCCUUUUCCCUGGAUAAGACGCGAGAUCGAAACAUGUAAAUCAGUCUCCGUUGGAGAAAUAAAAGCCAGGUUGGAGGAGGUCUCCACGGCGCGUGUGACACCUGUGAAAACGGGCUUGUACCUUUCACGAGAGUGCCAAUUACGCAUGGGAAAGCAUGCGACUUUUUCCCCUUUUGUCUCGCCUACGGGGACGGUGUUCUCUCGGUGGAUACUCGUGUAAAAUCAAGCCCGAGCGGUGCUACAUACGGCUAUUUUCUCUUCCGCUGUUUCACGCACUUUUGUUGCGCUCUUUAUCGCGUUAUUUAGCUCCGUCCGUGCUUUCACGCGAGGGAAACACGCCACGGGAGCGCGGUAAAAAAAAUAGGGACGUUCUAUAAAGAUUAAUUUUGACAUAAUGCGGCUGUCUCCUCUCUUCCACCGUAAUUAAAGUCGCAAACGUAGCCCGAGAGCAACGAGCCCUGAGGUAAUUAAAGAGGGUAGUCGUCCGAAUUAAACGCUUCCUCCUCGCUGUUUUUUGUCCAUUCCUAUCGGUAAUUGAUUACUGUGAAAAUUACCAGCACGCUUCGGCUUCGGACGCUUCCUGAAAAUGUGGGAGAAGGAAUGCUAGUUUUACAAAGUGCCGAUUUUGGAUUAUUCGAUGAUUUUUCGUUAAAAUUAAUCGUUUUAUAUUAACACAUUCGCGACCGGCUGAUAUUUUACGUUUCUAAUACAGAGUACUAACGAAAAUAAUAAAAUUUUGUAGCUAGAAAUCGCAAAUUUGUAUCAUUAGGUCGAAGAUAAAAAUUACACGAUGUUGUAAAUAUAUAGUAUAUAAAAUAAAAAGAUUUUCAUAAGUUUUUCAUAACCAGGAAUAGAAUUUGAAGUGACGUGAAUACACGUCAGUGUUUUAGGACACCCCGUAUAUUCAGGGUAAUUUUAAUACACAAACUUUACUUAUUUGAAUUCAGAAUUUUUAAUUACAAACUGAAAUAGUACCUGCAUCAUUUCUAUUUGUAUAUUGAAUGAGAAAAGCAAAUGUGACAUUUCGUGCUCGAACAGGUUCGAUGACGUAACUCUAGAUUAACUUAAACCAGGGAUCCGCGAUUACAAACCAAUUAAACAAAAAAAGCGACGCACCGAGGUAUUCCGAGGUAUACCGAGGUUUCACGUUUAAAUGUUUCCUAGGGUGUCUAUAUUGACUAAAGAGCUGCUCGAAUUGUACAUACGUAUAACCUUGAACAAAAGAAAAUAUUAAUACGUUUUUGACUAAGAUAUAUGUAGUUUGAGAUGCUGAACAUGAUCACCUUCGCUCAUUUUUACACUAUUCAUUCUAAAAACGAAGUUUCAUACAAGAGUUGUGUAGUUUUGAAGAUAAAACGUAUAACAACAAUCACUUUCCUUCUGCUUUGAUUGUUAGCGAAUUUUCAAUGUCACUUUGAACAUUUUAAAUAGUGCUCACCUUUUUCGAAGGAAUUCUGAAUAACAAAAAAUUGCAAUUAAAAAUGUGUUAAGGUUUAUGUGUUCUGAAUCCACUAAGUAAUGUAACAUCCAUGUAAAUCUAUUUUGGUAGAUCGAAUCUAUGAGUCAAGAAUAACAAUAUAUACAUUAUAAUGCUUAUCAGUGCAGUUAUUUGAUAAUCAACAUGUAUACAAUUAUCUCCAUUUUUAUUUAUAACGUGAACUAUAAAGAUUAGAAGCCACAAUUCAGAACAUACACUAAGGGAACACGUGUUGUAUAUGGUAUACGUGUAGUAAUAUCAGAGUUUCAAGAAACUGUGUUUUUGAUACACAGAUUACGCUUUUUAUGACUUAUUUUGUUACUUAUGUAUUUGUAUUUGUGUUCCAAUUCGUAUCCGUUCGCAUACACGUGUCGAUACAAUUACUUAUUUUCUUCAUUAAUAACAGAAACUGUUUAGUUUCUUCCUUUACUGUUAUACUAAUCAACUGAUACACUGAUCAACCUAGCAGGGUAAGCAUGCUCAAUUUCUGAAAGUUUCUUAAGUUUUAAUGUUUUAAAGAAUCAAAUCGAAAGUGUUUUCACUGAUUAUCUGUAAAAAUGAUUUUUUAUUUUGUUUGUUAGAACUACUAUGAUUCUAGAAAACAUCGAAAUCGAUCUAAAACAGGCGACCCUAAUUUAUAUGUUUUGGACAUAAAAGCAGCAAAACAUGCUGCUUUAGGUAAAUGA